AUGGCGGUCUCCUUCUCCUCCUCCGUCCCCCACCCAUCCUCCGUCUUCGCCGCGUACGCCUCCAUCUCCGCCUUCAUCGUCCUCGUCCAGACAAUGCUGAACCAGCUCCUCCCCCACCAGCUCCGCGCCUACCUCUCCGACACCCUCCGCCACUACCUCCUCCGCCCCCGCCACAACAGCGCCACCCUCGUCGUCGAGGAGCGCGACGGCAUCUCCUUCAACGAGCUCUUCUCCUCCGCCGAGACCUACCUCUGCACCAAAAAAAUCCGCCCCAACAUCGACCGCCUCAAAAUCGCCAAACGCCCAAAUCACCCAUCCCUCACCCUCAGAUUCGCCCAAUCCGAACUCAUCCCCGACCGCUUCCACGACAUCGACCUCCACUGGCGCUUCGUUAACGUCGACCACCGCAACAAGUCCAAAUCCGCCGUCGACCACCAGAACCACGACGGCGGGAUCUUCCCGGAAUCCGAUAAGAGGUUUUUCGAGCUCUGUUUCGACAAAAGGCACAAGGAAAGAGUCCUCGACUCGUACAUCCCAUUCGUGAUGGCCGCCGCAAAAUCAAUCGCCGAACAGAACAAGCGCGACUCGGAUUUGAGGAGGUUGUUGCUGAGGACUGGGAACCGGUCGAUACUCGUAAUCGAGGAUAUCGACUGCACGGUUGAGUUGCCAGAUAGGAAUGGUACUAAAGGGCCUGUCUCUGGUUCGGAUGGGCAGGGACAGUGCUAUCGGCCUCGGGAUCAGCAGUUCACGCUUUCGGGACUGCUCAACUUCAUAGACGGUCUCUGGUCGAGCUGUGGCGACGAACGCAUCAUCAUAUUCACCACAAACAACAAGGACAAGCUGGACCCGGCCCUACUCCGCCCUGGCCGCAUGGACAUGCACAUCCACAUGUCCUAUCUCACGCCCGAAGGGCUCAAGCUCCUGGCCCGUACUUACCUUGAUGUCCCCAAACAUCACCCCAACCUCAUGGAAAUCGAGACCGUGAUCAAGGACAUGAAUGUUACCCCAGCCGAGGUUGCCGAGGAACUCAUGAAGACCGACGACGUUGAUGUCUGCCUUCGUGGGGUGCUCGAUUUCUUGCUCGACAAGAAAAGUAAAAUCGAGAAUGAUGAACGUGAAGGGGUUAGGUGGCUGUUGCUCUUCAUACUUGGGGGCCGGGAACGACUAUCGGGGCGAAGGGUUGUGUUUUUGGGUGCGAUUCCGGUUAGGCGUGAAUUGGAAAAUUCUGGAAGAGUGUCUAGGAGCGUGAUCCGGUCCAUUGGGGUGGUCGGUCCGGUUGCCGCCGUCGUGUGGUUCUUGGUGUUUGCCGGUUGCAGGAAGGGUAUUAUCAAGCUUUAA